AGUUGAUGAAUUUGACCACAAAUUUCUGAUUUAAAUGUGAUGUGCACACUUAAUUGAGCAUUAAUUUAUGUGACCAUCUCCCAUUACACGACUCGAUUAAACUCCAUCAGUCAUUGGCGAACAAAAACACGAAACGACUGUCUCAUGAUUCGCCACCUGUCACCCGAAUUAUCGCAUCUUGUUGUCCAUUUAAUUGGUGCAAAAUUGAUGCAACAUUUAAAACCAGUCAUCGAAACGAUGACCGAGAACGAAGGCUUCCGGCGAUUCCGAUCAAUCAGCUGCUAAUCAUUGACAAAUUGACAGUCACCAGCGACCUUGCCGCUUGCGUCCGCGUCAACCGGCCGGCUGUCAAUCAACCUGGGGGGUGAUGAUGAGUGGUAAAUUAAUUUCGCAUUGAUUGACUCCCGACGUCGUACGGAAAGUGCUGAUUUCGAAGAUGACGAUCCCAGCAACCAUUGCGGUGAUGCUUUCGAUGAAGUAGCUCGUGCGUGGUGCAGUGGACCGAAGUGGAUGAGCUGAAGUGCUGAAAUCUGAAGGAAACAUAGUGGAAAAUAUAGAUUAAUUGGGGGAGAAAAUAAAGCAACGCACAGAAGGACGCAACACAUAAGCUGGUUUCAAGCAAUCGUGGAAAAAACUUGCUGAUUUCCAAAAAUAUUCCCCUAAACAAGUUGAUAAUGACAGUUUUGGAAUGGAUAUGGAAUUGUUUCCUGCUUCUGCUAUUUGUAGGUAUCGCGAAGGCGGCACUAUCAUUUUAUUGGCCCUCGAUCGGAGAGUGGAGAUAUGACGAUUUACACCCAUCCCUUCGGUAUCACGAGUCGUGCAGAACGAAGCAGCUUCUCGUGAAUAGCGUCUUUUUCGUUGUCUAUCCUUGCGUCCUGGGCGCCCGUUGGUACCCCGCGAACCGGCAGUGGUCGUUGUGGACGGAGGAUGAAAAGGACAAUACCGACGCUUACGUUCAGUAUUCGCGCGAGGAGGAAGAACUUUUGCGCCAUGGUAUGCUCCGUGGGCGAAUGAUAGUACAGAAGGAAAUUGUACUGCCCACCGAUAGUAUCCCGGAGGAGGAUGUGCCAUCGACCUACAAAACGUACGGUAGGGUAGAUGAUUGCGUUGUUGCAGUGAACGAAGACGAACCGUGUAAUGAGCGGAAUUAUUCUCCAAAAUCAUGUGAACCACUGAACUUGUCGAGAGACGGUGAGGUGAAAGAUUUAAACGAUGAGGACAACAUCCUGCAGAAGCAACCUGCCAAAGCCGCUAUGGAGAGUAUGGAUUCAUCUGCCUCUAGUAGCGAAGCAGAAGAUCAUGAUAACGUGAGAUUAAUUCAAUCAUCUCCGAAAACAUAUCGUGGUAUUUUGUCGGUUGUCGCCCGAGAUAAAAGUUAGUGCUACGUAAGCUCA